AUGCGUGGACUGCGGAUCACCGGUCGACGACGUCAAACAUACUAUUUUCAAGUGCGACAGGUGGUGGAGGCAAAGAAGGGAGCUGGAGGUAAAAAUCGGAACGGAAAUGGAACCAGACACGGUCGUGACGGCAAUGCUUUAGAAUGCGGAGAAUUGGAAGGCGGUCAAGGGGUACACAGGAAUGGUGAUCUCGACAAAAGAAGAGGAGGAGAGGCGGGUCCAAAGAGGAUGAGCUGCUGUAAUAAUUUAAAUUUAGUUAAGAAAAAUAAUAUGUGCAUGGAAGGUGAAAUUAGGAGGGAAAGAGCCCUCUAA